GUCCUACUGGCGUUAUUUCUGGACUUUCGACGAAAGUUGCCAUGGAACUACAUGUUACUUGGCGCUUACACCUUGGCAGAGGGAGUUAUUCUGGGAAUGUUGGCUAGCUCCUACGCACGUAAUGUCGUUCUGAUGGCAGUUGCUAUUACGACAGUCACAAGUCUGGUUAUAACUGUGUUUGCUCUGAACACCAAAUAUGACUUCACCACGUGGGGAGGAUUUUUGAUAUGCUUCUCAACACCCAUCUUAGUUCUUGGUAUCAUCUGUGUCUUCAUUCGCAACAACAUAAUCGACUACGUCUACUCUGCAGUCACAUGCAUCGCUUUCUGCAUGUACUUGGUAUACGACACCCAACUUAUGAUACUAGGCAAACAUAGGUACACUGUAGGUCCUGACGAUUAUGUGUUCGCGACGCUCAACUUGUAUGUGGAUACUAUUAAUACGUUCAUGAUUGUGUUGGAUUUGUUAUUUAAAUCGAAGAAGGAAUGAGACAGAAUCAUUAGAUUAAGCUGUUGUAUAAGUGAGAUAGAUAUAAGAAUUACUGAUGCCUCGAAUACUAGAGCAGAAAUUCUAUGGGUUGCUCAUAGUUAUAUGAGCUGGGAAAUAUAGACAUCGGCAAGGAAUUCAACACCUUGGAAAAGAAAAGAUACAAAUGUACAGACGUUUUGAGAAUAUGUCAUAAAAUAACAGUGUUUGUAUGUCUGACUAACGAAAAUAAAUGAAAAUGAAAAUGAAAUAUUUAUUUUUCAAGUAGGCAUAUUACAAUGCGCAUAUGAACGUCAAAUAAAGCUACGCCGGCUC